CGAGGGAGUAUAGAUGCGGAAUGUAAAGAAUUAUGUAUCUGCGUGUGUGUAUGCAUUUGCGACAAAACGAAAACCCUUGAAGUCGUCUCUCUCCCUCUCCCUCACUUCGUUCUUGAUGUUGAGGGUUCUGUGAUUUCUUCUCAUCUUACAAAGUUCAACCUCUUCUUGCUUUGCUCCAACGAUCUCGAUCUCUUCAUUGGGCAUUUUUCUUUGUCUUUGCUUGUGCUGUGUUUUUCGUGAUUUGAUUUGCUGUCUUUUGCAAAGCGUGUUCGGACCUAUACACAACCUGUCUGAUAUAGGUGUAAGGGAGGACGAAAGAGAGAGAGAGAGAGAGAGAGAGAGAGAGAGAGAGAGAGAGAGAGAGAGAGAGGACAGGCAGUAACCGGGCGAUGAGAGGAACCGUUUGGAGCACAAGUAGAACGUUGCUCAAACAGUAACUAAACUGUGCUGUACCUUGCCGAGUACCAGCCUCAACAAGCGAAACAUAUCAGAAUUCCUCAUGACGGCGGCGCGAAAGAAGAAGCUGAGUAUCAGCGGCAUUGCAGGAAGCAGCAAGGAGAACAUGAAGGGCAAUGGAAGAAGUAAUGGAGCAGGAGGAGGAUGGAGUUUUGGACGAUGGGGCUCUACAAAGACAGCUUCAACAAACACCACGAGCAACUCGGGGACCACUUGUUCCAUUUCAGUGCCUUCUGGUUCUGCAGCUGGAGGCGCUACCGCUGCAAACGCUAGCAAUAGUUUAGCCAGUCCAAGUCCAAGUCCAAGUCAAUGCCCGAGCACCAGCACAAGCACAAGCACCCACCAGGACCAGGACCAGCGCGGACACUACUUUCGAUCCCACCUUCAUCAACACGCCAGUUCGGCUUCGGCGCCGUCUCAUUCUCAUUCUCACUCCCAUUCUCACGCUUCAGUUGUCGCCGCUUACAAUUCGGCUCUCAAGCGACCGCUCGUCACUGUUCAUCCUCUCUCCGACUCCAAUUCCGUCUCCUCCGUCUCCUCCUCCUCGACUACAGCAUCAUCUACACCAACAUCAUCUUACGGCUCACCCACUACCACCGCAACAACAACCCCGGUCUCGUCUCCUGCCUCCUCUGUCGCAUCUCCAACUCCAAGAUCGACAUCAACAUUCGCUACUCCCGUAUCUGUACCGACCAAACCCCCAAAGAGAUCCGUCCACUUCCGCUCCGGCACGACAAUCAUCUCUAGCAGUAACAAUAACAGCACCGCGCCUUGUAUUCCCGUCCUCUCUGUCGUGCCCCCGCCUGGCCAAGACGGCGGCGACGGAGAGGCAAGACGGCCCGCCAUGCAGCGAGUUUCUUCCUUUCUCCCCUCGUGGGACAAGAGGUCGUCGGGAGGUUCUAGAGCUGGCCUCUUUGGCUGGUCCUCCAACCGUUCCAGCACCUCGAUAUCCGUCGCAAACUCCAAUGCAUUGUCCAGGUUAAAUACUGCGGCCGCUAAUGCCAGUGGCCGAGUACAACGGGAGGCUUUCUGGCCUGCGACUCUGGAUCUCGAAUGCGAAAAGGCUGCCCGCAUCCUCAAGUCAUUCUGCACGGAUGGAUAUCUCGUGCCAUUGGAAGAAGAAGAAGACGCACAAUCGACGACAAGCGAACCACGCUCCCCAAAACGAGUCACCAAGAAAAUCCCUAAGCGCAUCAUCCAGAAUGCAGCCGGAAUCGCCAUCUUUACGUGCAUGCGCAGCGGUCUGUACAUGACAGGCUCCGGCGGCUCCGGUAUUCUCAUAGCACGAAAGUCAGACGGUACCUGGUCACCCCCAUCAGGAAUCAUGUUACAUACGCCCACCCUCAGCUUUAUUAUUGGCGUCGAUGUUUACGAUUGCGUUCUCGUUAUUAACAACCUUGCCGCCCUCGAAUCAAUCACAAAGCCUCGUGUCACCCUAGGCGAAGACGUCGGACUAACUAGUGGCCCCCUGGUAUCGCUUGACUCAGAUGAGUCGCACAUAAAAUGGAAGGACCUAGGAAAUACCGUUUUGACAUACCUGAAAGCACGGGGUCAAAACCAGGUCGUCAACUUGAAUGGGUGUAUCCUGGCCGAGCGAGGGAACGAGAAUGAGCGAUUCUAUGCCAACCAAGUAACACAGAUGGACAUUCUGGCUGGUAACGUCUCUCGCCAAGUAGAGGAGGUUGGGCCGCUCUCAGAGGUUAUCAAGAUGGCAGAAGGUAGGACAGACUACGAUGCCUCUGUGAUAAGCAAAAUCGCUGCGGAAUGUGCGCCAGGAGACGCCAUGAUCGCGACACCCAAAUCUUCAACACCCGCCUCGCCUCGAACUGCCUUUGGAAUUCCCAAUGUCGAUGAUCCCGAUCCCUUUGGUGUGUUGGCCCUCGAGAUGGCUGGUUUGGAAAUCCGAGAGGCAGGAUCAAGACUGCGACCUACCAGCAGCCAAUUUGACUUCAACCCCGCGCCUACAAGCCCAGCAUUCUCAAAGUUCAACAGGCAAAGUAUAGAUACCUUUGUCUCGAGGAGUAAUCGAAACAGUUACAUGUCCUCAAGAACGGUGAAGAGUCAAAUGACGGAUGCUGGAACACAGACCGAUGUUGGCACAACACCCGAGACAACGCCCAGCCCAGGUCAAAGCGAAGAUGGUUUUGACAGGUCUACCCGCACGCAAAUUCCCGAGGUCACGGAAGAAGAGGAGGAAGUUGAUUACACAAAGGUCGACCUGACUCCUAUAAGACAUUUGAGCGGAGCCCAUACUCCUCUCAGUGCGACCAGCCACGGCAGCACAGCAGCUGUGGAACAAGACACCCUCAAAGUCGAGCCCAGGGAUGACACUGACAAGGCCUCGAGCAACUAUGACAGCGACAAGGACGACAAGAGCAGCCGAAAGACCGACAAUGAGGGUGACUCUGAAAGCGAGGUGGAGGAAGAUGAGGAGGAGGAACCCGUGGUGUUCGAGGUGGCUGCUGUCCAGCCGGCAAGAACCCAGGCUGUUGCAUCCCGUAUGAUUCACGCCAAGGGUAAUAUGGUUACCAUCGGCAAGAGAAUUCCUCCCCCACUGCCCAUGAGGAGCCCUGCUAGGACCUCGCGAUCCAGUAAGAGCGAGAUCGGCGAUGUUUCAAACCUCCGAAGCCCUCUGCGAAAGGAGGCUUUCAGCGAGGAAGAUCUUGCAUCUGAGGAUGAGCAGACCAAGUCUGACUCGUCACCUUAUCUCAAGCCCCAGGAGUUCAAGGUUGAGAAGGUCAGGGUUGAGGCCAAGAAGGCUGACGAGCCCAAGCCUGAGGAGCCUAAGAUUGAUGAGCCUAGGGUCGAAGCGCCCAAGACUGUCGAGAACAAGGCCCAAGAUGACACGUUUUCCGAAUCUGAGGUCGAGUUCUUCCCAGCCGAAGAGGCGAAGACGGACAUUGCCAAGACCGAGGAGCCUCAAGCAAAGCAGCCUAAUACUGAGCCCACCAAGAUUGAGGAGCCAGAGGAGGAGGAUGCAACUGAAUCCAAGGUUGAGACCAAGGAUGCCCAGACAUCACCUACACUUCCCCAGACUGAGCGGCCCGAAAGCCCCGUGACACCCGAGAAGAAGCACACAUCAUCUAUCUACACUGGAGUUACCGAUGACCGAUGGAGUGUCGAUGGAUCAACACUUACAACACCUACAUCUGACCGACCUUUCUCAGUCAUUGACGACGUGACUGAAGAUGUGACACCACGGAAACCAUCAAAAGAGGCCGAAUCAACGAAAGAGGCUGAGCCAACAGAGCUGAACGAAAAGCAUGAAGACUUGAAGAAGAUUACACCGAAUGAGACAACCCCCAGCACGAUCACGGUUGUAUAAUUGAGGACGACGAUGGUUCUACAUCAGUAGAUGGGAUAUGGCGCACGACCUGCACUUUUCAUGGGUAAUCACUGGGGCGGCUUUUUUGAGAGAAGUUUCUUUUUUGCGCAUUCUUGUCAAUACUUUGGUGAAAAUGUACGUUAUGAUGGGUUCUUUGUGUGUUCAGGGGUCGAUUUGUGACCCUUGAUGGCGUUUGUUGGUUUGGUCAUAACCACUUUGUCAGUUCUCUCGAGCAGCGCAUAGCUUAUACCAGCUCGAGAAGCAAACUGAUGGGAAGAGGAAUGGGUAUUGGUCGAUGUACUGGAUGUGUCAUGGGAUGGGAAGGAUGAGACGAGAUGAGACGAGACGAGACGAGUAAGACUUGAACAUAUGGAUAAAAAGGAAAGGAUCCUUGAAGAAAGCAAGUGAUCCGUGUACCUGGAGUUAGUUGUGGUUUCUUCGAGGCCUGGCCUGGCAUAGUCUAGAGGUCAGACUAUGAUAAAGUAUUAUUCCUAAUGCCAUUGAAUAGAUACAGUAUGAACUGGCUUUAUUGUUCCCUAU